CACUCUGUUGCUGUGGUUGCAGGCCCCGCCCGUCCGUUCGCUGACAGCGAGGCUUCUCCUGGAGGGAAGCGGGUCCGUUGGUCGGUUCGGAGCGAGGCUGGCGCUGCCAGGCCCGCGCCUAGCCGUUGCCAUGGCAGCCACCGGCGGGGGCGCGGACGACGAGUCGCGAUCCGGCCGCUCGAGCUCGGACGGCGAGUGCGCGGUGGCGCCGGAGCCUUUGGCGGAAGCCGGAGGCCUGGUGUCUUUCGCGGACUUCGGCGUUUCGCUGGGCAGCGGCGCCGGCCUCCCGGGCCGGUCGGUGGGCAGGGCCCAGUCCUCGCUGCGCUACCUCCAGGUCCUGUGGCAGCAGGACGUCGAGCCUCGCGACGAACUGCGUUGCAAGAUUCCCGCCGGGCGGUUGAGGCGUGCCGCCAGGCCCCACCGUCGGCUCGGGCCCACCGGCAAGGAGGUACACGCUCUGAAGAGGCUGAGGGACUCUGCCAAUGCCAACGACGUAGAAACAGUGCAGCAGCUGCUGGAAGAUGGGGCGGAUCCCUGCGCAGCGGAUGAUAAAGGCAGAACUGCCCUCCAUUUUGCUUCCUGCAAUGGCAAUGACCAGAUUGUGCAGCUGCUCCUGGACCAUGGGGCUGACCCCAACCAACAGGAUGGUCUGGGCAACACGCCAUUGCACCUGGCGGCCUGCACCAACCAUGUUCCUGUCAUCACCACACUGCUUCGAGGAGGGGCCCGUGUAGAUGCCCUAGACAGAGCUGGCCGCACACCCCUACACCUGGCCAAGUCGAAGCUGAACAUCCUACAGGAGGGUCAUUCCCAGUGUCUGGAGGCCGUCCGCCUGGAGGUGAAGCAGCCUGCGGCCCCUACCUCCUUCCAGAUCAUCCACAUGCUACGCGAGUACCUGGAGCGCCUGGGGCGGCAUGAGCAGCGAGAACGGCUAGAUGACCUCUGCACCCGCCUCCAGAUGACAAGUACCAAAGAACAGGGGCAGUGCCAGACCACGUGAUGUCCAGGAUGAACCCAUAGAGAGAAAGGUGGAUGAAGUGACGGACCUCUUGGCCAGCUUCACCUCCCUCAGUCUGCAGAUGCAGAGUAUGGAGAAGAGGUAGCAAGGGAGGCUGCUCCUUGCUUUGCCGCCGCCCUCCUGCCCUCUGAGCUCGCUACCGGGAAAGCCCAGGGAACUCUGGAGUUCACCUUGCCCUUGCCCUUAGAUGCCGAGGGCAGAACUGACAGUCUGCGUCAUCUCUCUGGGUCGGGACCACAGCCCCUGCUCCUGCUGCAUAAUGCCAGCCUCUGUAGCCACAUUCCAGGCCCACACGUGCUGUUGUAGCAGACACCACUCCUCCCGUGGCCUCCCUGUGCCCACAGCACACCUCAGAGCCCUCUAGUUCUUCCCAGCCAUGGGCUCUGUUCCUGUCAUCUGGCUGACACUCUGAGGCCACCCGGGCUGCUUUGGGUCUCUAAGCUUGUCCUGCCCCUUACACCAGCACUUCAGUGUAGCCCUGCUCCUUCCUUCCAAGGAAACACUGCACUGUCUCUGAGCAGAAGAGGGACAUUGCUCAAGAUUAGGAAGGACCUGGUUUAGCCCAAAGAAAGCUCUGCAGCUCCUUCCCCCGCAAUCACUGAAACACUACGAAUGGGCGUCCGUUUUGCAGCCCAGUUCUCAGUGAUUGAUAGUGGGUCAUGGGCUCAGGUCCUUAUCCCAGGAUCCUCUAAGCCUUAGGUGUUGUGGCAAGAGUCUGUACAGAUAUAUAACUAGAGGUAUUCAGCUGAGAGGGUCCUGGAUCACCUAGGUGAGCUGGGUAUCACUCCAGGGAGCCCUGGAGGAGGAGGCAGGAGGUGACUGGCACCAUGUGGAUGUGAGAUGUUGAGAAAGAAGCUGGGAGCCGGCAGAGGACAGGCAGUGGGUCCCUCGGAACCUCCAGCAGGGACUGGCUCUGCUGACAGAUACACCAGAGCCCAGCCAGACAUGUUUUUAUUUCUGGCCUCCACAAUUGUGAAAAGAAAUCUGUUGGUUAAGCUG